AUGACUUCUUCCGGUAUCCUGCCGGCGUACUCCCGCCAGGAGAAAGAAAAAGCCGGCAAUGGUGGUGAAACCAAGAGCGGAGGCGCCGUCACUGAAUCUCUCGACGACAUUCGAGUUUCUCUGUCUUCCAACGGUAGCAAGAAUCGAAACACGACUCACCGAAAUCUCAAGGCCAGGCAUAUCCAGCUCAUUGGCAUUGGAGGCACCAUUGGCACCGUUCUCUAUGUUCAAAUCGGCCAAGGUCUCCUCAACGGCGGUCCCGGCAGCCUCUUCAUCGCCUUUAGCUUCUGGUGCACAAUCGUCCUCGCCGUGACGCUCUGCAUGGCCGAAAUGGUCACCUACCUGCCCAUCUCCUCGCCCUUUAUCCGCUUCGCCGGCCGCUACGUCGACGAGGCCUUUGGGUUCGCGACGGGAUGGAACUUUUUCAUCUUUGAGGCGGCGCUGGUGCCCUUUGAAGUGACGGCCUGCAAUUUUAUUCUUCGCUUUUGGACCGAUGCGAUUCCUACGGCGGCAGUCAUUGCCAUUGUCAUUGUUCUCUACGCUCUCAUCAACGUGAUUGCGGUGAAGUGGUACGGCGAGACGGAAUUCUGGGCCGCCAUUGGGAAAGUCCUUCUCAUUGUGGGACUCAUCUUCUUCACCUUUAUAGCGAUGCUGGGAGGAAAUCCCCAGAAAGACCGCUUUGGAUUUCGAUUCUGGAACGAGCCGGGAGCUUUUGCGGAGCUGUACUAUGAGGGCGCCUUGGGACGCUGGCUGGGCUUCUUGCAGUGCCUGAUUUUGGCAGCUUUUACCAUUGCCGGACCGGAUUACGUCUCCAUGGCAGCUGGUGAGGCUGAGAAUCCUCGCGUGGUGAUGCCUCGAGCCUACAACGCCGUGUUUUACCGACUGACUGCGUUCUUCAUCCUGGGAUCUCUCUGCGUGGGCAUUCUCGUUCCUUACAACGACAGCGAGCUCAUUGCGGCUUUUGCAAACUCCAAGCCUGGUGCCGCUGCUUCUCCAUACGUCGUUGCCAUGAACCGCCUGGGAAUCAAAGUCCUGCCACACAUUGUCAACGCCGCUGUCCUGACUGCUGCUUUCUCCGCGGGCAACUCCUACGUCUACUGCGCGUCUCGUUCUUUAUACGGACUGGCUCUGGAGGGAAAAGCGCCGAGGUUUCUGACGACAUGCACAAAGGCUGGUAUUCCCGUCUACUGCGUUGGCUGUACUUUGCUCUUUGCGUUGCUGUCAUUCCUCCAGCUCUCGUCUAAUACUGCCGUUGUUUUGAACUGGUUCGUUUCUCUGGUGACGGCGUCCCAGCUCAUCAAUUUCUGCGCCGUGUGCGUGUCGUAUCUGUGCUUCCACCGGGCGCUCAAGGCACAGGGUAUCAGCCGGGACACGCUGCCGUAUAAAGCGUGGUUCAUGCCGUAUGCUGCUUAUUAUGCACUGGUGUGGACAUUUGUCAUGGCUUUCGUGGGCGGGUAUACGGUUUUCUUGCCGUUGCCUGGCAUGUGGAAAAUUGCAGAUUUCUUGUUCUCGUAUGCAAUGAUUUUUGUAUACCCGAUCUUGUAUUUCGGUUACAAAUUCAUUCGUAAGACGGAGAUUCGCAAGCCAGAAGAAAUUGAUCUUUUCAAGGACUUGGAUGAGAUUGAGGAGUACCAGAGGAGUUAUAUCUCUACUCCACCAAGAAACGGGUUCGAGAAAAUCCUCGAAAAACUCUUUGGCUAA